AGGAUCUUCUCUUCCUCCGCAGCUUCCUCCCUCCUCCGAAGCCCUAGCGUCGACCAUCAUAGUUCGAUCAGCAUUAGUGUAUCUAACAAGCAACGCUGCUCUCAUCUCUUCAAUGAAACGACGUGUUAAAAGUAAGAGUAAACGAGCUGUUGUGAAGGAGGACAGACUUACUCAACUUCCUGAAGCUCUGAUUGUGCAAAUACUGUCUCUGCUUCCAACAAAAGAUGCCGUAGCCACUACUGCUCUGUCUAAACAAUGGCACUCUCACUGGAAGAAGGUACCUGUCCUCAUGUUUGAUUCUUGCGAUCACAAACGUAAACUCGGGAAUUUUUCAAAGGAUGUUUGCAAAUCUCUGCUAUCACAUAAAGCUCCAGUGCUACAAAGUUUACAUCUUGAAGUUGAUUUGGAUACAUGUACUGCCAUGGAUAUUGGGAUAUUGCUUGGAAUCGCAUUCGGACGCGAUGUGCGUAAGCUCUUACUUGACGUGUACCCCAAGAUUAGGAGGAAGAAUACUAGGCCAUUCAGUUUCCUUCCGACCUUGUUGUAUACAUGUAAAACACUAGAGACCUUGAUACUUAGGUUUCAUGCCCUUGUCGAUGUCUCUUCUCAGAUUUGUCUCAAGUCCCUCAAGACUCUGCAUCUUGAUUAUAUGUAUUACAAAGACGACAAAUCAGUGCGUAACCUGUUAUCUGGCUGCCCUUGUCUUGAAACUCUGGUCGUGAGACGAGCUGCUUGUGGCGAUGGUAUCAAAUCUUUCGCUAUUGAGGUGCCAUCUUUGCAGAGUCUAUCAGUUCAUGAUGAAAAUGACGGAGUAGACCAUUGGGAAUACGUGAUUAAUGCUCCUUCUUUGAAAUCCUUGCACAUUGAUUUGGAGAAGGGUCCUGAAGUUUGUCUAAGUGAGACUUCUCUGAAGCUGGUAGAGGCGAAAAUUUCAUGUGAAACAAUCAGUGAGAAGCUUUUGGGAUCUCUAACUUAA